GAUGCAGGCUGGGUGAAGCCGUGCAGGGAGCCGCCAUUUUAGGGGUGCCCGCGCUGGGCUCAGUGGAGUGGUUGGGUUUUGGUGGCUCUUGGCCGUUCACCUUCACUGUUCACCCACUGAUAGUGAUCAUCUGGCGAUCACAGUGAUUAUCUAUCACUGUUCACCCAGGCAGGGCACUCAAACUGGUGAAGGAUGAGCUUCUCAAUAAGCAGCACAGCAGUGACCUGACCUGAGGCAGCCUCGGCGCCCAAUAAUUCAACACCACACGGCCCAUUUCCCAUCCUGCGUCAUUGCCACCAUAGGAUGAACCCAAGUCGUGGGCUGAACAAACUCAGUGCUAUGGGCGUUCUAUGGAUGUUUUACAUGAAUGGCCCCCAGGUGCCUUGGCAGCUCAUCUAGAUUAGUUCCAUCUCUUCCCCACAGCAUCUCCUCUGGGCCCAUUAGAGCUCAUCUGGCCCCGGGCUUUGUAUUCCUGAGCCGUGACCGUGCCUGCAUUGCCAUCACCCCCUUCCAAAGGUCGCUCACUGCUUUCUUUCCCCAGCUCUGCUGGCCUGCAGCCAUUCCUGCCCCUCCAGCCCUCUGCUGCUGUCAGCUGUCCCCUUCCCAAGGAACCUGGAAGGAAAAGAGGAAACUCCAGUCCUGUUGGUUUGUGAUGACAGCUCUACUACUCUAGGUGCUGCUUUGCAAGACAGCAGCAGGAGGAGCAGGCAAGUCUGUGCAGUGCAAUUGCUUGCAUGUGUGAUGACACCCUCCAUAAUGCCUUUAAUGGCCGCUCUGGCACUGGGUGCCCGGUGGAUGGGGCUGUGGGCAGCCGGGGGUCUCCUCUGCUGGCUCCUGGGGGAAAGCAGGCGUACAGAAUGAGCCUGCUGCAACCCCACUGCUACAAGCAGGACCCGCUUAUGUCCCUUCCAUUUCUUGGUUGUGUUUCCAAGCGCACAUCCAAGCUCUGAAUGGAUGUGAUCCUCCUCCUGCGGUUGCAUGGACCCGGGAUCUGGGGCUUUGGAGAAGUCAAGUCUUGGGGAGCGGGCAGUGCAGGAGAACCAUCACCCCGUGAUGCACACCCUGGUCCCAGGGCAGCCGAGGCUGCAGGGCUGCUGCUGGCACCGUCACUGUCCCCGUGGGUACCCAAAGCCACUCCCUGGGCUGUGCCUUUUCUCCCGUACACGCCAAGCAGGCGGCAGUCCCACUGGGAGCAGCCUGUUUGUCACCACUGUGUCUGUCCCACCCCCUUGGAGAUGGCCAGGCUGGCUCGGAGCAUUCUAGUGACGGGGUCCAACCGGGGCAUUGGGCUGGAGCUGGUGAGGCAGCUCGCCGCCAGCUCCCAACCCCCACAGCACAUCUUUACCACCUGCCGUGAUGCCGCUGGUCCGAGAGGGAAGUCCCUGCAAGAAUUAGCUGCCCAGCACCCCAACAUCAAGCUGAUCCAGCUAGCAGACACGGUAAACCUGCCCAGCAUCCGUGGAGCCGUGCAGGCUGCGGAGACUCAUCUGGAGGGCCAGGGCUUGAACCUGCUCAUCAACAACGCCGGUGUCGGCUCGCAGGCCACGCUGCAGUCCGUGGGUGCGCAGGAGAUGCUCGCCACGUUUGCAGUCAACGUGGUGGGGCCCCUGCAGGUUGCCAAGGAGUUCCUGCCUCUCUUGGAGAAGGCAGCGAAGGAUGCGGGGACGGAGGGGCUGAGCUGCAGCAGGGCUGCCAUCAUCAAUGUGUCUUCCAAAGUGGGCUCCAUCGGGCUGUGUCUUGGUGUGCUGGAGGCCCCCAUGUACCCAUACCGUGCCAGCAAGGCUGCCCAGAACAUGGUGACCAGGUGCCUGGCUGCAGAGCUCAGGGACAAGGGGAUCUUGUGUGCAGCGAUCCAUCCUGGCUGGGUGAAGACCGACAUGGGGACGGAGCAGGCACCCAUGACAGUGGAGCGCAGCAUGCAGGGCAUUCUGGAGGUGCUGGGCAGCCUUUCACAGGAGACCUGUGGGGCCUUCCUCGACUGGGAAGGGAACCACCUGCCCUGGUGAUGCCAGCUCAACCCCCCCAUGUCACCCUUCCCCACUCAUGGACAUGGGCAGAAGCUUCUCCCCCUUCCCCACCCCACGUGCAGCCACUUGGUGCCCUGCAUCCUAACUUUGCAUCACUCUAUGUCCCCCCCCAACCUGAGCCCUCAUAGGGAACCCUUGCUGGACAGAUCCUAUGCCCCUGCCUUGCCUGUGCUGCUCCAAGCCCCAGGCAGCCCACCUCCUCACAGACAGGUAUUGGCCCAAUCCCUGUCCUUUCUGGACAGGAUGUUUCCAGCAGUGACACCUGUCACUUGGGGGGAUGCCUGGCAGUGGCUGUGGUUGGGAGCAGUGGGUGCUGACACACACAAACGAGGGGUGGGACCCCCUGGGAAGGGGCCUCCCUCCAUGGGAUUGCACAGAGCCGGUCACGCUCACAGUCGGAGCCAAGAGCAUUGCUGUUCUCAGAUAUGAGUUUAUUGAGAUGGAAGCAGAAGUCGGGCAGCAGCACUGGGGCCACUGCCAGGAUCCAGGCACGAGGCCGGGCCAGCAGCUCACCAGGCCACAACGUUCCCUUCCCAGUCCAGGAAGGCCCCGCUGUCCUUCUCGGAGAGGUUGGAGAGCACCUUCAGCAUCCCUCCUACGCUCGCGUCCACCGUCAGCGGGGGCUGCAGGGCAGAGGGAGAAACACGGGCGUGUGUGCCCAAGGGCUGCCCAGGCUGUGCCCUGGAGCCUGGCUGCAGGAAGGCAGCGGCUCCGCCGAGGGGGAAGCAGAGCCCUGGGCAGAGGGUGAGAGCUGGGAAGCCGGGCGGUGGGGCUGCCAGAGCCAGGGCUGGCGCUGCGCAGGGGUCCCCGGGCAGGGAGAGCUGCCACGGUGCUGACGGAGCAGGGCCCCUGAGGGGGUCUUGGUGCAGGGCUCCGGGAGACAGCAGCCCCCCAUGGGAAACCAGCACAGGCUGUGGAUGCACCCAACACAGGGAAGCCCCUACCGUGUACCCGGCCGCGUUCCCCAUGUCUGUUUGCACCCAUCCGGGAUGGAGAGCGACGCAGAGGAUGCCGUGUUCCCGGUACCCCAUGGACUGGCACCUGGUGAGCAUGUUCUGA